CCGCGCUGCUGCGUCAGGCCCCCCCCGGUCUAGAACGUUGCUGUGGUACCGUCUGGGCGCCAUGUUAGAAGGCCGGAGGGGAAGAGGAAAGUGAAGCGGCGGCGGCCGGGCCUAGCGAAAGGCUUUCUCCUCUCUCUAAGGCCUGACGCCGGCCCUUACCAUGGUCACGAUUCCCGCUUCCUGGCGGGACGAGUGACCGGCCCAGAGGCGGCAGUGGUGGGGGAGGACGAAGAAAAGAGGAGGAGGGAGAAGGGAACGACGAGGUGGUGGUGGUGGCGGCGACGGCGGCGGAGGAGGAGGAGGGGCCGGAGAGACGAUGCCGUUUCCCGUUACAACCCAGGGAUCACAAACGCAGCAACUACAGAAGCAUUAUGGCAUUACCUCACCUAUCAGUUUAGCUGCCCCCAAGGAGUUUGACUGCAUGCUUACCCAGAAAUUAAUUGAAACCCUAAAACCUUACGGUGUAUUUGAAGAGGAAGAAGAACUGCAACGCAGGAUUCUAAUUUUGGGCAAGUUAAAUAACUUGGUGAAGGAAUGGAUACGGGAAAUCAGCGAAAGCAAGAAUCUUCCACAGUCUGUAAUAGAAAAUGUUGGUGGAAAAAUUUUUACAUUUGGAUCCUAUAGAUUAGGGGUUCAUACAAAAGGUGCUGAUAUUGAUGCCCUGUGUGUUGCACCAAGGCAUGUUGAAAGAAGUGAUUUUUUCACGUCAUUUUAUGAAAAACUGAAACAGCAAGAGGAAGUCAAAGACCUGAGGGCUGUUGAAGAGGCUUUUGUCCCAGUUAUUAAACUUUGUUUUGAUGGAAUAGAGAUUGAUAUUUUGUUUGCAAGAUUAGCACUGCAAACUAUUCCUGAGGACUUAGACCUACGAGAUGAUAGCCUACUCAAAAAUUUAGACAUUAGAUGCAUACGAAGUCUUAAUGGUUGCCGGGUAACCGAUGAAAUUCUGCAUCUAGUACCAAACAUUGACAACUUCAGGUUAACACUGAGAGCUAUCAAACUGUGGGCAAAACGCCACAACAUCUAUUCCAAUAUACUAGGUUUCCUUGGUGGUGUUUCCUGGGCUAUGCUAGUAGCAAGAACCUGCCAGCUUUAUCCAAAUGCAAUAGCAUCAACUCUUGUACAUAAAUUUUUCUUGGUAUUUUCUAAAUGGGAAUGGCCAAAUCCAGUGCUAUUGAAACAGCCAGAAGAAUGCAAUCUUAAUUUGCCUGUAUGGGACCCAAGGGUAAACCCCAGUGAUAGGUACCAUCUUAUGCCUAUAAUUACACCAGCAUACCCACAGCAGAACUCUACCUACAAUGUGUCCGUUUCCACACGGAUGGUCAUGGUUGAGGAAUUUAAACAAGGUCUUGCUAUCACAGAUGAAAUUUUGCUGAGUAAGGCAGAGUGGUCCAAACUUUUUGAAGCUCCAAACUUCUUUCAAAAGUACAAGCAUUAUAUUGUACUUCUAGCAAGUGCACCGACUGAAAAACAGCGACUAGAAUGGGUGGGCUUGGUGGAAUCAAAAAUCCGUAUUCUAGUUGGAAACCUGGAGAAGAAUGAAUUCAUUACACUGGCUCAUGUGAAUCCACAGUCAUUCCCAGCACCCAAGGAGAAUCCUGACAAGGAAGAAUACCGUACAAUGUGGGUGAUUGGGUUGGUGUUUAAGAAAACUGAAAAUUCUGAAAAUUUAAGUGUUGAUCUUACCUAUGAUAUUCAGUCAUUUACAGACACAGUUUAUAGGCAAGCAAUAAACAGCAAGAUGUUUGAGAUGGAUAUGAAGAUUGCUGCAAGGCAUGUGAAACGUAAGCAACUUCACCAACUCCUACCUAAUCACGUGCUUCAGAAAAAGAAAAAGCAUUCGACAGAAGGGAUCAGGUUGACUGCUCUGAAUGACAGCAGCCUAGAUUUGUCUAUGGACAGUGAUAACAGCACGUCUGUGCCUUCGCCUACUAGUGCUAUGAAGACGAGUCCAUUGAACAGUUCCGGAAGUUCUCAGGGAAGCAGUCCUGCGCCAGCUGUAACAGCAUCAUCUGUGACCAACAUACAGGCUUCUGAAGUCACUGUGCCACAAAUAAAUUCCAGUGAAAGCUCAGGGGGUACUUCAAAUGAAAGCAUUCCUCAAACUGCCACACAACCAGCCAUUUCUCCACCACCAAAGCCUACCAUCUCUAGAGUUGUUUCCCCAGUGUAUCUAUUAAAUCCAUCACCGAGAACUUCAGGAAAUGUUGCAACAAAAAUGCCUAGCCCUGUCAUAGCAGUGAAAAGGACAUCUUCUCCCCAUAAAGAAGAUUCUCCCAAGAAAAUGAAAAUUGAAGAGCAGGAUGAAAUGAGUGAAGAGUUGAGCUGUACAGAUUUGAAUGAGCAUGAAAAAAUGGAAACUAAGGAGCAACCUGAGACAGAAGCGAAUGUUAAUUCUCAAACAGAAACUCCUCAGACAACUUCUCUGCAAGCUCCUCAGAAAACACCCAGUACAGACCUUUCAGAUAUUCCUGCUCUCCCUGCAAAUCCUAUUCCUGUUAUCAAGAAUUCAAUAAAAUUGAGAUUGAACCGGUAAAAACAACCUCAGGGGUCCAUAAACAGUACCUGCCAACUCAACCUGUUGUCUUCUAAUGCUAGAAAAAAGAACGGAGGGUGCAAGACUAGAACAUAAUUGCAAAUGGAUUUAGAUAUAUUUUGUGCACUUCCCUUUCUGGACUAAUACCACCACUUGACUGGAAGUCCAGGUUAGUAUGUGAAGCCAGGAGUACAAUUAAUGUGUUAGCAACAGUUGUAUUAAAUAUUUUGAAGGAUUACUGCCUUUAAAAACAUGAACACUAUUUGUAGCCAUAUUUGACAUUCUAAUUGAAUUUGUUUGAUGCAUUGUUUCAAAAUUGAGAUAAAACUGGCAUAAGAAUCCCUUAAACACACUUUUAUGUACUUUUUUUUUAUUGGACUAAUUUUAGAUCUUCAACUGAAACUUUUGUUUUAUCAGUCUCUUCAGUAGUAAUCUGCGAAUUGGAUGAAGUUCAGUGAUAUACUGUACAUUGAACACAAAGUGUAUAGUAUAUCUAGUUCAACUGUCAUCAAGCAGCAGUAAGCCUUUCAAAUGAAAUGUCAGGUCUUGAGGUUAUAAGACAUUAAGUUGAGGAAGUAAUUGGGAAGUUCUGGUGUUAGUGGGACAUGAUUAAGAUGUGUUCUACUUUUAUUUAUAGGGUUGUUUUAAAGUGCAUACAGAUCAGCAAUCAAACAGCAAAUAAACUUUUUUUUGGAGCUAAUCAAACUACUUACUCCCUUUUUCAUCCCUUUUUAUUGGGAAAAGCUUUUGCGUUCACUAUGGAGAGGUUUUUUGCAGCUUUGUAUCCACCGUAUAGGACAAUAGUUAGUUAUACAAAAUAAAAGCAAGCCAUGUACUCAUUUGGGUUCCCCCUUACCUAAUCAUAAUACCUUGUGGCCUGUAGGCACAAAUGAAAAGUUUUGUCCCUUGACUGAAGUGGUUAAUUACAUCCUGUGUGCCUGUGAAAUAUAACACCUGUGUUGAUGGCCUUUGAGUCACUAAAUCUAAGAUGAUUUUUGUACACUCCAUAAAAGUCCUGUAUGCAUUAAAAAGUUUCAGAUUUUAAAUAAAAGAAAAAUGUUUUCCCUAAGAAUUUUAAUCUCUUUAUUUUUAGGUGGCUCAUCAGAAAUAGUUUUACCUACUGAGUAACACUGAAUUUUUUAAAAUCACAUUUCUAGUAAGCACUUGCCAUCUAGUAAACUUACUCCUACUCCUACUUUUUGUUGUUGUAGUCGUAUCAAAAAAAGUAACAACCUUUUCUUUUGAAAGAACUAAAUCUCUCAUGGCAAAGAACAGCAGUAUUUGAGGAACAUGAAGGAUACCAACAGUAAUAACAGAUGUAGAUAACAAACUUCAUGUUACUAUUGCUUAAGUCUGAAAUAUGUAGGGUGUCAAAUCAUACUUCCCAUACUUUGAUUAGCAUGUUUUAUGAACUCCCUUCUCCCAUUGUGCUUCAUCCUACUACACGUGCAUCUUUCAUGUUAAAUUACUUACACUCUUGCCCUUGUCCUUCUAAAUUAAUUCUCCAAAGUCAGAGUGUAGCUUACCUUUUACUUAGGCUGUGCAGUAACUGAAGGGGUUUUUUUUGCCAUUUGUCUAAGAUGUCUAGUAUACAAUAUUUCUCUUUUCCUUGCCCUGUGCAGCCUGCUGUUGUCCACCCCCCAAAGAAGGUUAUAUUAACAGUUGAAGUGUACAAGGUGUCUGUGUAUUUUGUGUAGCUAUGGAGUUUAGAUCGAAAUUGCCAGGCACAAAUUUAGUCUUGUCAUUUUGUUUACACAUCAGAAGAUCUUUUUCAUUUUAUUAAACGUUUCAUGUAACUGCACCCAAGUUUUGCCAAGCUGGAAACUUGGAACCUUUCUGUAUAGUGACUUUUUAAUUCUAAUUUUCAUAACCUGGAGAUCAGACUGUUGCUUUCGCAUGAUGUACGUAGUGUCUCAUGACUGGAGUUUGCUUUGUUUUAUAGUAUCUGUACUCCUUGUAUUUUUCAAGAGCUAUUUUGUAAACAGAUGAUGUAUUUCUCCAUUGAAAACACAAUAAAAAACAGCACAAUCCCAUAGUUGUCUGCUUUUUCUGAAUGUAUAAAAUUGAUUUUGCUCUCUUAAUUCAAACUUGGCUCUUAAAUUUUCCACAAAACAUGGUGUGGCUUAAAAGAAAUGGUACGUAAACAAAUGUUCUCUAAAUAAACAUGGUGUUAAAUAUGGGAAGCGGGAGUAACACUCAUCUGGGUGUUGAGUUCUAGUCUGCUGAAAGAAAAGGUUGUGGAUUGUACAGUGGCA